AUGGAAGUUCAAAUUGAUAAUGAUGUUAAUGACGAUGUAGCUAAAAUAAGGAGAAUUCAAAGUGGAAAAAUGGCAAUUGAUGCCCCUUUACUAGCUGACAAGAAGACAAAAGGAACAAUGUUUGUAAAGAGUGUUGAUGUUUCUGCCUACAUGAAGAUUGUGAUUAAGAUAUUUAAGCUAUUGGACAAUUUUGUUGAGGAUAUUGGUGAGAAAAAUAUUGUGCAGGUGGUUACUGACAAUGAAAGUAAUUAUGUAUUGGCUGGUAAACUACUAACUGCCAAGAGACCACACUUGUUUUGGACUCCGCAUGCUGCACAUUAUCUAGACCUAAUGUUAGAAGAUAUUGGAAAUAUUGCUAAGGUUAAAAUAGUUAUUCCAAAAAGGAUUAGUCUCGUCAACUUCAUUUAUAACCAUGCAUUGGCGUUGAACAUAAUGAGAAAGAACACUGACAAUGUUGAGUUGGUUAGACAUGGAGUCACAAGGUUUGCUACCACAUUUCUUACUUUGAAAAGAUUGCAUAAACAAAAAACUAACCGUAGAAAGAUGUUCACUUCAGAAGAAUGGUUGAAGUCCAAGGUAGCUAACGAUCAUAAGGGAAAUAAGGCAAUCUGUAUUGCACAUUUAACAUCAUUUUGGAAUGAUAUCAUCUACACUCAUAAGGUUAUGGGACCUCUUGUACAAGUGUUAAGACUUCUUGAUAAUGAGAAAAAACCUACAAUGAGAUACAUACAUGCAACAAUGAUCAAGGCCAAGGAUAUUCAAAAAGCUUUCAAUGAACAAGCAAACUAG